AAAAAAGUGAAUCCUAAAAACCAACAAAAUCCAAUGGCAGCUUUGUAGUUAGCAGUUCAUACAAUUCUGUGCUUCGCUUACUCAACCCUUCCAUGGCGAUAAUCUUCCUCAUUAUUAUCAUCUCCUCAAUCUUCUCGCUUCAGCUGCUCGUCCGAAAACUGCACGAGAAGCAUGUAAAGUCAAAGUACCAUCCAAUUGGCGGCACUGUGCUCACCCAGCUGGUGAAUUUCAGCAGGCUGCACGAUUACAUGACCGACCUCGCUGGAAAGUACAGAACUUACCGGUUGAUUAGCCCGUUGCGCAGCGAGGUUUACACCUCCGAUCCGGCUAACGUCGAAUAUAUGCUAAAAACGAAUUUCGAAAAUUACGGCAAGGGAGAUUACAAUUCCAGCAUUUUAAGGGAUCUACUGGGGGAUGGAAUUUUCGCUGUUGAUGGUGACAGGUGGCGCCAGCAGAGGAAAGUGUCGAGCUACGAGUUUUCGACAAGGGUUCUGAGGGAUUUUAGUAGUGUGGUUUUCAGAAGAAAUGUCAUAAGGCUGACUAACAUAUUGUCUCAAGCAGCAACUUCCAAUGAACCAGUGGAUAUCCAAGACCUUUUCAUGCAGGCGACUCUGGACUCGAUAUUUCGAGUUGCUUUUGGGGUGGAAUUAGACACAAUGUGUGGUUCGAACGAGGAAGGUAAGAACUUUAGCACUGCUUUUGAUAAUGCGAGUGCUUUGACGCUGUGGAGAUAUGUGGACAUUAUGUGGAAGAUAAAGAAAUUUCUCAGAAUAGGUUCGGAAGCCAAGUUGAGGAGUAAUGUCAAAGUGGUUGAUGAGUUUGUGUACAAGUUGAUUUCGAGUAAAACCGAGAAAAUGAACAAGUCAGAUGACGAUCCCUCGAUUCAAAACUUCAAAAAGGAAGACAUCUUGUCGAGGUUCAUUCAAUUAGGUGAAACUGAUCGCAAGUACUUGCGUGAUAUAAUCCUGAAUUUUAUAAUUGCCGGGAAGGACACAACAGCAGCAGCUUUGUCCUGGUUUGUUUACAUGCUCUGCAAGCAUCCUCUUGUUCAAGAGAAAGUGGUAAAAGAAAUAGAAGUCGCAACAAACUCAAAAGAUGCAUCAAAUAUUCCAGAAUUCGCAUCUCGUUUGAGUGAGGAAUCUCUCGAGAAGAUGCAUUACCUUCAUGCUGUACUCACAGAAACUCUGAGGCUUUAUCCUGCAGUUCCAGUGGAUGCAAAAUUAUGCUUAUCAGAUGACACAUGGCCAGAUGGUUUCAGUGUGAGAAAAGGCGACAUGGUAGCCUAUCAGCCAUAUGCAAUGGGUAGAAUGAGAUUCAUAUGGGGAGAUGAUGCCCUAGACUUCAAACCAGAAAGAUGGCUAGAUGAGAACGGCUGCUUUAAACCCGAGAGCCCCUUCAAGUUCACGGCUUUCCAGGCUGGCCCGCGAAUAUGCUUGGGAAAGGAAUUUGCGUACAGGCAGAUGAAGAUAUUCUCAGCCGUUCUUCUGCGAUUUUUCUUCUUUAAGUUGAGUGAUGAGAACAAAGAGGUCAAAUACAGGACCAUGAUCAAUCUUCACAUUGACGGGGGACUCAGUAUACGUGCUUUUCACAGAUUAGAAGAUAAAUCCACAUGAAAAUUGUAAGAGAAUGUAAAGCAUACUUGUUCACAGUUCCUUUGUGGGUUGCUUAAAUGUAUCCUGUCAUGUCCAUUGUAUGAAAAAUGCUUAGACUCUGCAAAUGGAGUGUCAUUUGUCUGGGUAACAAUUAAAUAGAACAGGCUUCACUGCCAAACGGUUCGAUAUCUAAACAAGGACCUUGUUUCAAAUCAAGUGUCACGCCAAUUGUGCACUCUCCCAUUACCCAAACUAGUGAGCUAAAAUAAAUACAGAAAACAUCAUGGACCAUCCCUGCAAAUUUAAAGUAGGUAAACAAAUAACACGAUCAAAUAUGAACAAAAGUUGGGAACGAAUGCAAAAAAA